UACGCAGGAACUGCCGCUUGGUGUUUUGCAAGUAUUUGCAGUGCAUUGGUUUUUUUUCAGUAGUAUCGUUGGUUUGCUGGUUGACAGACUGAGCUGAGAAGCUCCCCCGUGCAGCGCUUCUGCAAAUCGCAAUUCAGUUCCGGUCAUGGCCAACGCAGGUGGUGUUCAAACUAGUAGCACACUGAAUUUCAACAUCGGGGUACUGGGGCACAUUGACAGCGGCAAAACCUCGCUAGCGAAGGCGCUGAGCACCACAGCUUCCACCGCAGCCUUUGAUAAAAACCCGCAGUCCAAAGAGAGGGGUAUUACCCUGGACUUGGGCUUCUCCUCGUUCACCGUGGAUCUCCCGAUCCAUCUCAAGGAGCAAUGCGGGCAGGCGGGCUACGAGCGGCUGCAGUUUACCCUGGUGGACUGCCCUGGGCAUGCGUCUCUUAUUCGCACCAUCAUUGGAGGUGCCCAGAUCAUUGACCUGAUGCUGCUGGUGGUGGACGUAAUGAAGGGGGUGCAGACCCAGACGGCGGAGUGCCUGGUCAUCGGGGAGAUGGCCUGCCCUCGCAUGGUGGUCGUCCUCAACAAGACUGACCUGCUGCCAGCGGCCAAGAGGCAGGGAGCCAUCGACAAGAUGAGCAAGAGACUGCACAAGACACUGGAGAACACCAGGUUCCAUGGCUGUCCCAUCAUCCCGGUGGCUGCGAAGCCUGGGGGUCCUGAGGCUCCUGACACAGAGGUGGCCCAGGGGGUGCCUGAACUGAUUGAGCUGCUAAAGGCCCAGACCUACCUCCCUCGCAGAGACCCCUCAGGGCCCUUCCUGAUGGCUGUGGAUCACUGCUUCUCAAUCCGGGGCCAGGGGACUGUGAUGACAGGCACUGUGCUGCAGGGGGCAGUCUCCAUCAACGACAGCAUUGAGAUUCCUGCACUCAAGGUGACCCGCAAGGUGAAGUCCAUGCAGAUGUUCCACAAGGCGGUUAGCUCGGCCAUGCAGGGGGACCGUGUGGGGGUGUGCGUGACCCAAUUUGACCCCAAGCAGCUGGAGAGGGGGCUGGUGUGCACCCCUGAAUCGCUCCGCACCAUCUACGCAGCCGUCAUCUCUAUCAGAAAGAUAGCCUACUUCAAGGGAGCGCUGCACACCAGGAGCAAGUUUCACAUCACUGUGGGGCACGAGACCGUCAUGGGGCGGGUCACUUUCUUCAGACACGCCCCCUCGGAACCCCGCACAGAGCCAGACCCCGCCCCCUCCACUGGGGAGGACCCCGCCCCUUUUCAGUUUGAGAGGGAGUAUCUCUACCAAGAGGAGUACCUGAUUGGCCAGCCCAGGCAGGAGGGCGGGGACAGCGACGGGAAACCCGCCGCCCCCAAGCAGCAGGACGAGAAGCAGUGGGCCCUGUUGGAGUUUGAGAAGCCGGUCACAUGCCCCCGGCUCUGCCUGGUGAUUGGCUCCAAGCUGGACACGGAUAUCCACAGCAACACCUGCCGGCUGGCUUUCCACGGAGUGCUGCUGGAGGGCUUUGAGGAAAAGAACUACCCUGAGUGCUCUCUGCCUCGGCUCCGAGUCUACAAGAGCAAGCACAAGGAGGGGCAGGUGGAGAGGGUGGCAGACGACUACACUGUGAUUGGACGAAACCUUUUCAAGAAGGAGACCAACAUCCAGCUGUUCGUGGGGUUAAAGGUCACACUGUCGACGGGGGAGCGCGGGGUCAUCGAGGGGGGCUUUGGGCAGAGUGGCAAAAUGAAGAUCUGAAUCCCAGGUCAAAGAAGUCCCCUGGGUCGACAUUGUCUAUACAUUUUAGGAUUUUGAAUGUUUGAAUCAGAUCGCCGGUGGUUAGUGGUUAGAUAAAGAAAGCGCUGGGCUGCAGUGUGAAGGCAGUGGGGUUUGAGGAGCUCAGUGGUUAGAUAAAGAAAGCGCUGGGCUGCAGUGUGAAGGCAGUGGGGUUUGAGGAGCUCAGUGGUUAGAUAAAGAAAGCGCUGGGCUGCAGUGUGAAGGCAGUGGGGUUUGAGGAGCUCAGUGGUUAGAUAAAGAAAGCGCUGGGCUGCAGUGUGAAGGCAGUGGGGUUUGAGGAGCUCAGUGGUUAGAUAAAGAAAGCGCUGGGCUGCAGUGUGAAGGCAGUGGGGUUUGAGGAGCUCAGUGGUUAGAUAAAGAAAGCGCUGGGCUGCAGUGUGAAGGCAGUGGGGUUUGAGGAGCUCAGUGGUUAGAUAAAGAAAGCGCUGGGCUGCAGUAUGAAG